ACAUCCGCACGCGGCUCCUGCUCACCUCCCGUGCAUGGAAGUGUGAGGAGUCCACGGCGCCCUCGUCUGGUUUGCCUGUUGUAGGGACCUGAAGUGGCUUUCAAGUUUCAACUUACCUGCCCCCAAUGUUGUAGACAUUUUUACCGAGCUUCAGCAGAUACGGGAUGCGUUAUCAGCUGGUGCAGAUGAUAAGAAUACUGUCGAGCAAUAAAACUGACUGACGCACUUCGGUUUGGAUGUAGACAUUUGCAGGUUGUAUCAUUUUGUGUUUCUGAUGAUGAUGAAAGGAAGGUGUUGGUUCUGAUUUAAAUGGGGUUUAAAUGCUGCCUAUUUAAAACAAUUUAAAUGUUUUAAGGUAGCUUAUAUAACUGUUAAAGGCACAUUGCAAACAUUAUUUCCAAUCAGUGUGUGAAAUGUAACUUUGUAACAUCUACCACAUAUUUGUGAUCAUUACUGUGACUUCCUCUCUACUAACUGAAUACUGUACAAAUAUGCUCCCAACAGACCAUGUGUGUCUUUCUGUGUUAUAUGGUCACAGAGUCUGGGGAGGGCAGCUACAAGUGUCCUUUUGCCCCGAGGUGAUGUAAGAAGGAGAGCAGUGAAUGAACACAGAGACGUGCAGUCUGAGCAGCACUCGUAACCAUAAAUGGAAAAGCAAGUAAGGCAACAGGUGACCUUACAUCCACUGGUGACGACAUGGCACUGGAGGACAGCUGCAGAGAGACAGGAAAUGCCGGAAGCAGGGAGGGGGGAAUACAUGCAGCAAAUGGCUGAGGCUGGGAGUCGAGCCUUCGACCGCUGCGAACACCAAGGAUCAACAUGCAGAGGAGAGUUGGAGUGAUAGAGCCUGUGCAUGUCCUCAAGUGGAUAGAAGAUAGAGACCAGAUGCGGCCAAAUGGCCUGGCAGACAUGAGCAGCCUCGUUUCCAAGGCUGCCUUCUGCAUGACAUGACAAACAGAGGUGUGGUCUUCAGAGACCCGGACAGGACUAGACAGUGGCUCAUUUUCAAUGAAAAUGAUGAAGGCUGGUGAUGCCAUAUUGCAUCCUUAAUGAUUCCUGAGUCUGUGUCUACUCAAAUUGGCCAAUACAAGAACAGAUGGCCCCAUGGGUGGAAUCCAGACCGGCUCACUGUGCCUGUGACAACUUUGAAAAUCCCAGCAGUCCUUGCCAACCCUUCCAACCAUCUCCCCUUGGAGCUAGAUGCAGAGCAUGCACAGAGAGUCCCUGGGGCAGAACAGGGAGGCAUCCAAACUCCCCAAGUCAAGCUGAAAGAGAGGCAGAAGUUCUUCGAGGAGGCCUUUCAGCAAGACAUGGAGCAGUAUCUGUCUACUGGCUACCUGCAGAUCGCUGAGAGGAGAGAGCCAAUAGGAAGCAUGUCAUCUAUGGAGGUGAACGUGGACAUGCUGGAGCAGAUGGAUCUGAUGGACAUGUCCGACCACGAAGCCCUGGAUGUGUUUUUGCACUCUGGGGGAGAGGACAACAGCGCCGCCUCGCCUGUUGCAGGUCCAGAUGUGGAGUCCUUCACCACAGAGAUCAGUCUCCAGGUCCCCACCCAAGCCGAGCUCCGCCACAAGCUUUCCUCUCUCUCCUCCACCUGUACCGACUCAGCAAGCCAGGACACAGAGGCCGGGGAGGAGGACGAGGAGGAAGAGGAGGAGGAGCCCGAACAGGGAGGAGGAGGAGCGGGAGGAGCAGGUGUUGGGGGAAGGAGGAGAAGGCCCCCCAUGGUGGUGACGCUGGAUGAUGAAGAGGUGCACCCUGAUACAGCGCUGGUAGACAAGGUGGAGCAUGACGACCAGAGCAGCAAAGACUGUGAGGAGAGCAGGCCAAAGGUUUGAGGAGACGAGGACUGGAUUUAAAAACACACACACACACACUCACACACACACACACACACACACACACACACACACACAUACACAUACAAACACGCACAGAGCUGCAACAUCAAAUUGUCAUACAGGACAAUCCUGACUUUCUUUGAAAACAUCUGAAAGAGAACACAGUGAGGUUGCACUAACUGCCACAUGACCUUGCCUUAAAGCCCACCUAUGGGAGUUUUCAAUUCUAAUUGAAUCCUUUGAAUUAGCUUUUAGUUCCCUUUAGCAUUUUAGUUUUGAAUGGCUUAACAUGCACAAGAGUAAUUUGACAUCAUUCACAGAAUGCUCCAACAUUCUGGGUAAAGGUGUUGAAGUACACACUGAAACCAAGCAUGUGUUAUUCUGCAGUUCUUUGUUUUCAUGCUCUGUGUGAACAGUUUAGCUUUCACCACCAGCUCUGUCAGGUUGAUGACAUUCUAACAACUGCUUAAGUUAUUAAAAGACAACCUUCUUUUAACUUUGAGCUGUGGUCUAAAUGAAGGUGUGAUGUCACACUUCUAGUUUAGUUAAACUCCUCCAGGUUUUGACGUGCCCAUUAUUGAAAAUUUCAGCUGCUCUCCUCGUUAAAUGGGGUGAAAGGAAAAUUGUUUGUUGUACUUUAAGCAUGAAAACUUACAUGAAAAAACUUUGUGAGUGACACUACUUAAAAAAAAAAAAUCUUUCCAUGCUACGUAAUUAACAGCCUCUCUGUCACCAGUAGCAUUUCUUUAUGGCCUCAAAAUCUGGGCUAAUUAAGCAAUUAAUAACAACUUUCUUUAAACGAUUUGUGAUUUAGGUUAAUUGACUUGUUAAUAUAGCAAAUUCUAAACUGUUAGCACAAAGCACUUCACAAAUGACCUGCAGGGAGCACAGGGAUGCAUUUUUGGUGACUUACAGAUCAACUGAACCCCCAGAAAGUUACUGUUUUAUGAACUACAUACGCACACUCAGCAAUAUUUUCAAUGAAAAAUACCUAUUUUGCUAUUGGCUUUGAUGACCAUGAGGUAAUACCUGGCAGUCACCUGGCAGUGGGUUUUAAACCAUGGAGUCUGUAGCUUUGAGUUCAGGUUCACUCGGAGAUCAUUGAGAGGUUGAUGUGGGUGAAGACAUUGAAACAUGCAUGCACAUGGACCAUGCACUGGACGUCACUUUACCUUCAUACAUAGUUAGAUACAGGCCACCUUUGUGUUUGUAUGUGUUUGUGAUUGAGUGAGUGAGUGAGUGAGUGAGUGAGUGAGUGAAUGAGUGUGUGUGUGUGUGUGUGUGUGUGUGUGUGUGUGUGUGUGUGUGUGUGUGUGUGUGUGUGUGUGUGUGUGUGUGUGUGUGUGUGUGUGUGUGUGUGUGUUGUUGUUUCAUUGCAGCAGGAAGGCAGUUACAGCUUCCUGUUUCAAUAAAAUGACCUCCAGACCCACUGAAAAAAAAGAUCUGGCCCUUCAUCUGUCCAUAUUUGGCAUGGUGUACCCUGUGUAUGUGUGGGAGCAUGAAACAAGUAUUAGUGGGCUGGGAAGUUGUUUCAGUGUAACAGGAAGACACACCGUGGGUGCCUGGGAGUCCCUAACCAAUCUGAUUAAACCCUGGACGUGAGUCGUGCAUGACAGCUGCUUUGGGUCAAAACAGAGUCAAUCUAAGUUUGUAAAUCAUUGCAUAUUUUUGAUAAAGUACCAAAGAGGUUUCAUCUGCUUAUUUAUGUGAAUAACUAGGAAAAGAAGGAAGUGUAUGACUAAUGUGAGGGUGGUGAGCAAAGAUUUGAGCAACUUUUGCAACAACUUUUAAAAGAGAGAGCUACAGAUUCCCCUCGGUGCCCCAAACAUCCGCUCUGCACCUGUUACUUGAGUUGGGCUGAUGACAUCCAUCCACUAAGAAGUGGGUAAUGCUCUAAUCUGAUAUCUUAAAUGCUUUUUUUACUUGUCACUGUCUGAAUGUAAUCAGAACCAAUCAUGGAGGAGGGUGACCAAUCAAAAGCAAGGCAUAAGAGAAGUUCUGACUGGCUCUAAAGUUGUUGGCAAUUAUUGCAUUCAAACCUUUAGGGGCACACGUAUGCAAUACAGGAAAACAUUAUUUGUUGUUUUUUAUUUUGGUGUUUUUAAAUGUAAAAUUAGCAAUAAAAAGCCACCCCCCCCCCCCCCCCCCCCCUACAGAUGAAGGAAUGCAAAGGCACGUGUUCUUCCUCACCAUGUUCGAUUUCGUUUGUCAUGACUUUAUUUUGAAAGUCUGGGUUUCCCCACCGUCCUGUUACACGCAAAAACUCUCAAUCCUUCUAUACGAAGGUGGUGAAAACCUCCAGUGUGUGUGUGCGCACAUAGUUAAAUAUUUUCAUCUGCAUCAGCCUCCCAAAAGAGAUCACUGAUUUUACACACAGAAACACACACAUAAACACACAGGAGAGUUACCCAUCGCCAUUCCUUUGACCAAUAAUAUGUGGGUGAACUUCUCCUUUUGAGUGAGGACCAAAUCCCUGUCAGGACUGUGUGCUAUGCACUGGACAACACCCAGAAGGUUUAACUGUAUCCACAUUCUUUUGUACAGAAAUGUUGACGUUUGUGUGAUGUGACAGAGUUACUCUUUCCUUUCUUCCCUCCCCUUGCCUACAGUUUCUGACUUGUUGGUAAUAAAUGUUUCUCCCCCUGCAUUGUUUUAAUUUCCUCUCCAGCACUUCAGGAGCAAGUUAAGAGUAUGAAAUGUGAGCAGGAUUUAAGGUUCAAGCAUGUUAACAGUCCCUGCGUGCUCACUCUGAUUUACAGUCCUGCUGCCUGAGCUCUUUACUAAUGGAAAGCUGACAUGGACGGGGAGUGAAUGCAUAGAGCGUGUUCUGUAAAGAGAGGAAUGGAGAUUUAAACACAGGGAUUUUCUCUUGGGGGAGAAUAUUUUACCAUGUAUAUAUUCAUUAUUACAGUUAAAUGUUUUUUAACUGGAAAAUAAGACAAAGCAAUACAAGUGUUACACUGAGAGUAAAAGGCAUUUGAAGGCUGAAA